ACCAAGCCGCUCUCCUCCUUUAUUUUCCGGUGUGCCAGGGCGUGUGGGAUCUCUUGACCGGGAAUAUUGAUAUAGGUGGGCUUUGCGUAUCUGUGAGUCGUGGAAGUGUGGAGUUAAAGGUGCCAGGAGGAGCGUGACAGGUGCAGCAGCUCGCCGUCUCACCUGGGCACCGCGCCUCACCUGUCAGGGCACCACGCCUCCCCGCCCCCUGUGUGAGGGAGGCAGGCAGUUCAGGAGUUUCUUCAUCUCCAUAACUAGCACAGUAUCGUGGAACUACUUUGAGGCCCCAGGUGUUCCUUUGCUUUCAGUGAGAGCCUUCUGCAUGUGGGCCACAGAGAAGUAACAGCUAACACAACACCGCCACAGGAAUAAGUGCAGACCAAAUAUAUUUGAGAUUGCCGCUGUGUGAAGCGUGUUUCAGGUUUCGUCAGAUGGCUUCUGUGGAGGACCAGUAUCAGAAGGCGUGGCAGCUGUGUCAGGAGGAAAGCCAGAAUGAUCCUGACAGUGAACCCUACAAGUCCAAAUAUGCUGCUCGUGAAAUAUUUGAGGAGCUAAAAUCUCGUCUCAGUAAACAGCUGGAUGAGGAUGAUGUGGAUGAUGAGAGUAGCAGCUUUUCUGAGGAGGGUGUGGAUGGUGUGGGCCUCACCCGUGCCCGCAUGGCUGCUGUCAUGUACCAUCUUGGGGUCAUUGCCGUGGAGACCGAGGAAUUCUCAACAGGGGAGGAAUACCUGAACAAUUCACUCAUUAUUGUUGGAGAUGAGGAUGGCAUCAGUGCAGGAGUGUCCUCAGCUGAAGUUGAAGAAGCACAGGUAGUGACAGCAGCAAUCUUAGGUGAUUCUGACAGCCUCCUCUCUAACAGCAGCAAGACAGCCUCCAUCAGCCCCAUUGCCAUUUCUCCCACAACCAUUGCUCUCACCAUAAGCUGCCACAAUCAGCUAGGUAUCUUGUGGUCCAACCGUGGCCUUUAUUCCACUGCCAGGCAUCACCUUGAUCGUGCUGAUGCCCUCUACAUUGAGUACCAGCAGAAGAGCUCCAAGCUGCCACGCUCCAUACACAGCCUCUUCUCUACGUGCAGCGAGAAGGGGGCAGAGGACAAAAGUGGGGUUCCUGCUCUUGAAAAACUUCACACCCUCACCUACUACUACUUGGCUCAGGUAUAUGGGCACCUUGGAGCACCAGACAGGUCGGCCUGGUACUGCCACUCCACACUGCAGCGUCAGCUGGCCAGCAAGGACUAUGAUCCUCUUGAGUGGUCCAUCAAUGCUGCCACUUUGUCUCAGUUCUACCAGGGAAAGGAAAAAUUCAGAGUGGCCCGUCACUUGCUGGCCUCGGCAUCCAAGGUGUUGGCAGGCCACGAGGCUGAGAUGAACACAGCAGAGGCAGAGUCAGAGGAUGCUGCACACAAGCAGGAAAAGUACAAUCAGUGCAAAGCUGAUGUGGCAAGGUGUUGGGGGCGAUAUUGUCUAGUGCUGCUGCAAGUGUCCUGUGACAGAGUGCUGCCAGAUGACUCAACACAGCAGGCAGCAAGUCAGGACCAGCAGGGAGAGGAUGACUCACUAGAUACACAACUUGAGUUCCUUCAGCUGGAAGUUAGUGACCUGGAAUCUGAGGUGUCAGGAACUACUGUGCAAGAAUUUGAUGAGGCUCGGCAGCUAUUCCUGGCAGGGCUGAGGUGGCUGACUGAAGCCCGCCAGCACUACACCCUGGAGGACCAUGCCAGCGACCACGUCAGCAUCACUCAGGAGAUGAGCCACUUGUAUAAAGCUCUUGCCUUUUUUGAGCCUUCAGAAGAUCGGCGAUGUAAGAUGCACAAACGCAGGGUGGACUUGUUGACUGUACUCAUCAAAGAACUGAACCCACAGUACUACCUUCAUGUGUGUCGUCAAAUUUAUUAUGAAUUGGCGGAGACAUAUUCUGCCAUGAUGGACAACAAGUUGGCACUGUUAGAGGGUGAGCAGUCCCGACCCACCUCCCAGCAGACCAAGAAGAUCAACACACUUGCCACCUCCAGCAUACAACAUUUCCUUCACUACCUUGAUUCCCUGAAGGACAAAACGACUGGAGAGCAGCCCACAACAUACCCGGAGGACGCUCUGCGCCCUGCCUUAGUAGCCUGGUUCCACUUGGGGUGCCUCUGGUCCAAGCUUAUCACCUCUGAACCUGUCACCAAGAUGCAGAAUGUAAUACAGUCUCUUCAGAAUUAUAAGAGAAUAGUGGAAUACUGUGACCGACACCCGGAAUCCCAGUCCGUGAUGGCGCAGGAGUUGGCUCUAAGUAGGGAAAUGGUGCAGCUUCUGCCCCUGAAGGUGGAGCAGUACAGGGCUAUGAUUCACUGAGCAAGUAGCCUUGGGUGAGUAGCAUUAACACACACACACACCAGUGGGGUAGCCAUCCCACAGGCACCAAAAGUGAGCAGGAACUUAAUUUUUUAAGAUAUAUUUUUAUUUGCUGCACUGUAAGAAUAUUUUGCUGCAGUUGUAAGUGUCAGAGGAAGCUGUAUAUAGUUGUGCAUAGUUUAUUUAAUAUCAUAUUUAAAUGUCUUUAAGAACUUAUUAUUAUGGAACCAUGUUCAUUGUAUUUGCACAAUUAUAAUGAAAUACAGAUAAUAGAUGACCACUUCAAGAGCAGUCAAGUUAAGGUGGAAUGGUUUUAACUUAUCAGCCACAGCUAAAGAGCUUACCUAUAUAUUAGGUAAUAGACAGCUGACUUGGAACUUUUCAUUAAUUAUUUACUGUAAGUACAUAUCUUCUGUUUAUCACCCUGGUGUUGGUAACUUCUGGCUGUGGUCUUUGUAAUAACUAAGGAGAAGUUAUUAAUAGUUGGAAAAAAUAGUUUUGCUGAUAAAUUUUACCUUCUUAACUACACUUUCCACUUUUCUGUUUUUGAAUACUGAAUUAUGAUAUGCAAAUACAAUGUUAGUGUUUCUCAUACUGUGAUACUGAAGGUUAUUUUCAUUUGAUCUCAGCUGCACUUUGUACAAACAUAGGGCUAGUUGAAAAUAAUUAAUUAUAUCUAAAGUUUGUUCAGCAUACAAGAGUUAACAUCAUGAACUACGUUUAUCAAAGGAGACAUGAGGUUAUUUAGUUCAGAAUUUUAACUUUGCUUUAUAUUAAAGAAAAUAUGAAGCAAUUAAUGUCAGUCCAUACAAAAUUCCAUGAAACUUUUUUAUUCAAUUGUUUCAUCACUUAUCAUGGAACUGGUUUAUAUUUCAUCAUCAGGCACUGACUGAUAACUGCCAUCAGCCUUUCAGGGGUAAGUGUGAUGUGCUCCUGAGAAACUCAUUUCAAUCACUAGUACUGGUCACUUGCAAGUAAUAAGUCAAGUAAUUACUGAACAUUUUGCUCCUAUGUUUUCAAAUUGUUAGAUUCAGAUAUAAAGAAUAUUUGUAAAUUUUUAUAACUAAUUCCUGUUCCAACAGCUCUGUUGUCUUAGUACAAAUUCAGAGGCAAUAUCAAAAUUAUGUUGUUCAUGAAAACAGAUCUGUAGCUCUUUAUUAUUUGUAAUUUAUUUAUACACAUUUUCAAGAUAUCUUGAUGGCUUUAUUCAUGCACUAUAAAAGAAUUCCUGCUGAGUGAAACAAAAAAUAAUCUACCAUUCAUUCAUUUAUGACAAGUGAAAAAAAAAAUGAAACUGGUUUCACUAAAUAAAAUUAGUUCUUUCAAGUUGAAAACUGUACAAGUUUCAAGUAUGUCAUAAAAUUGUUGGAAACAGGAAUGGCUUGAGUCACAUUACUUUCUACCUAUCAUUUUGUUCGACAGUCAUGUUACAGAGGUAGAUCUUUUGACUGACAGUUAUCUUUCUAGGUAAUGAUAAAAACAGAUUUUCAGUAUUAUAAGGUGAAUUCACCUUAAAAAAUCUUAUGACUGAGAAAACUUGAUCAUAAAUACUGUAGCUGGUAUUUGUUUUAUGUGUUGCUUUAAAACUUUAUUAAUAAAUGUCACCCAGGAAUUAGUUUGUAGUUUUUUGUUAUAUGGAGUAAAUUUUUAUUUUAUACUUUCAGUUCUCAGGUAUCUAUGUGCAGUGUUUUAGAUAAAAAAAUCAUAAUUUCUCUACUGGCAAUAGUUAUUUGCUGUAUUUGCAUCAUUGUAUGUGCUAAAUGACAGUUAUGAGUAUCCAGUAGCUGGGUAUCAGUGUUCCUAGAAAUGCAAAUGGGUGAGGAAUAUAUGAGCAUUAAUUCAUUUAUGAAAUAUGCAGUAAAACCCUGGUAUGGCAGACAAGCACAUCUACUUUGUAUUUUAGUGUCCACCCAACUUGAAAUACUGUCCCAUACUAUCCCACAUGGGAAAUCAAGGUGUUGUCAUGUUGAGUGGAGAUAAUGAGGUUCUCUAGAGAGAUUCUCAUUUGACUACUUCACCUUGUGUUGGCAAAGAAAAAUCAUCCAGAAUUUCUCUCAGGAGUCUCAUAAAAACACUAAGAAACUGAAUCUUCAACUGGAUGCUACUGGCAGUAGGACUGAUAUAUUAUAUUAGAUGAUCACCAAGGCCCAAGUUAACUUGAUCAGCCUACCAGUACACAAGCAACCAUAGUCCCAAACCUUUUGAUGACUGUUUUCCAUUGUACUUAUUCAUGCAGGUAAAUAUUGUCAUAUUAGGUGCAGUACACUUGCAGAUGUAAGUGAAGUGAAGUAUUUCAAUCUGUCUGCCAUAAGUUUACUACAAUAGGGUUUUGCUGCCUUCCUUCAUUUACUUACUGUGCUAUUGGUUUGUUAGAGUAUGAGCUGAUAACUGUAAAUUUCCAUUAGAUGUUGGAUAUUUUGUAUGCUAAUAGGUUGUUGUUCCUCUUAGCAGGAGCUUUAUGAUUUUUCAUAAUUUGCCAGAGUAAAUGACUGACUAGGUUCAGUUGAAUCUGCCCAGGGCAUAUCCUUCAAGGUUAUGAUGCUUUACUGUAUCAAGUCCUCACUCACAUCCUGCAAUAUUAGAUUGUGCUUAUAUCUCAUCUGUUUCUAUUGAUAUAGUUGCAGGUGAUCACACUUCUCUGCACUCUUAAAAUUGAAGGCCUCUCUGCCUCUUAAAAUUGAAGUAAUUUGCAGCCAAUUCUUCAAGUAUGGGUAUGUGGUGAUUAUUGAUUUAAAACAAAAUCACUUAGGUGACUGACUGUCAAACAUUUGUAGACAUAUCACAUUGGCUAACCCCUUUCUGUCACCAAAUUCAGUCUACUGUGGGUACUUGUGACAUUUUCCCUUAAUCUCUCUCUCUCUCUCUCUACUACAAUGAACAGUACAUCUUUAUAUAUAUAUAUAUAUAUAUAUAUAUAUAUAUAUAUAUAUAUAUAUAUAUAUAUAUAUAUAUAUAUAUAUAUAUAUAUAUAUAUAUAUAUAAUCUAAUGUUGCAUAUUGUUGGCUUUUGGCUAUUCAGUGUAAUUGUGUCAGUUAUUAUUUGUAAUCUAUUAGCAGAUUUUACACAUUGCAAAAAUAAUUCAAGUUGCUAUUGCAGUGUCUGAAGCCAUGGAUUUAAAAGAGUGAAUAAUUAAUUCAUUUUAUUCAAAAUAAGAACAAUGUGAGCAUGAAGACAGGACUGUAACACAGGGCACUCAAUUUGUACAAUUUGGUAAAUUCACCUUUGGUAUGCAGCAGCUGAUCUCCAAAGUACACAUUUUGACAGUAAAUGCAGCUACUGUCCAUUUCAGACCCUAUGAGGCAUGAUUUCUUGCAGCAAGAAUCUUAAAAAAAAUAUUGGAUUAAUAUGACAUUUUGGCAUAGCUUGUUUGCCAGUGCAUUGCCAAGUGUUUCAUUAAGAUGAUUUUAAGAUGAAGCUCACAAGAGCCAAGGAGAUAUUUGGAUACAGGAAGGUCUCACAUAGAGUGUUUAUGACAUUCAUACAUGAGUCACUCUAUUACCUCUCCCCUAACUCCAGUCUUCCCCUUCCUCCAAACUCCAUAUCCCCUUUACAUGUCACAACUACAUCUACUUGACUCUUGCCAGUUUUGCCUUAGAAGCUUGAGAGUGACCUCCCUAGUGAAACACUUGGCAAUGCAUGGUAGUGCCAUAAACUAGGUGUCAAACAAGCUGUGCCAAAAUUUCACUGAUUCAACUGUUUGUUUGGAAGAUAUUGAAAAGCCUCAAAGUGUCUGUAAUGGAUAGUACCUAGCUAUAUAAUGCAAGGGAUAAAAAAGGUGAGGCUAUGGUAACUGAUUGCUGUUGGGCUGAGAGAGAGAGAGAGAGAGAGAGAGAGAGAGAGAGAGAGAGAGAGAGAGAGAGAGAGAGAGAGAGAGAGACUGGUUUAUACAAAACCACCCAUUUAGGAUUCUGCUGAUAGGCAUUGUACUUUCUGGGAUAACUUGGGUGACAGUUUCAGUACAUGUAUGUAUGCAAAGACUUUAUUGUUUUUCUUACUGAACACACAUUUUCCUUAUGCAGUUACAGGUGGCUUUUGUGGUUUUGCUGGCUUAGAAUGGCCUCUACCAGUUGCAGCCACACAUGUGAUAAACCCAGACAAUUUUGGUUUGAAGGAGGCAGGCCAUGAAAUCAAGAAAAAUGAUAGUUGGUGUAAGUUAACAAUGCAGUGGUAAGCUGAUUGUGCCUGUGACUAGUUCUGCUGUCUCCUGGGAAACUUCCUUUACUCGUCUUGCCGUCACACGUAGGACAGGCUCCACAAUGUUUUUAACACAGUCUGUGCUCUCAGAAAAGUCUUCCAAAGCUUUUCCAAGGCAUAGCUGACCACUAUUUUCCGGAGGGUGUAAUACAUUAGCACCAGCCUGUCAGCUUCCCUACACCUACCAACUCUUUCCUUGAUUUUGUGGUCCAUCUACUCCAGAGCAAUAUCUGGGCUAUCACAUCUGUGUGGCUUAGAUUAGCAGGCUCUAGAAUAACAAGCUAUUGAAGGCACAAAACCUUAACUACAUUAAAAAAAAAAAAAAUUGUGUGUAAGCAAGAAAAAAAAAACAGUUUAGGGGUCUAAGCAGAUGCCUGGGAACCUUAAGGUGAUGGUACUAAUUGCUUUACCUGAAACUCAUCUCACAUAUCACCCUAAAAAAUCCAGCUAAAAAAUCCAGGGAACCAGUCUUCACCAAAUAUUUUGACGAGUACUGUGCAGUGAGUGUCUUUGAGCUGUGAGGGAAUGGGCAAAGGGAAGGGAUAAUUACUUGUCUUGUUAGUUGUAGCAGUACAAUGAGAUAUGGUAGACAUACUUGUACUGUAGGGCUUGUGGGCAGGGGGUCAUAACAUAAGAGAGAACUCUCUCUCUCUCUCUCUCUCUCUCUCUCUCAGCAGCCCACAACACAAAUGUACAAGUAUGUUAUGAUAGGGUUACCCACAUUGUAGUUUACCCACUACUAAUAAUAAGACAACUACAGUAAUCUCAAAAGUAGCUAACAAUUUUCUCCUUCCCCCUCUCUGCUCACUGACAGCUCAAAGACCCUUACAAAAUGUGGCAGAUAGUACAUGGAAAAGUGUUCUGCUCACCACAACUAUACAAACACAGUUUAUCAAUAAAAAUACUGAAAAAUCUAUGCCCUACUACAGAAAAGAACUAAAAAUAUGGAAGUUGCCUUUCCUGAUCAGUUAUUAUAUAAUUGCUCCAGCUGUUCCUUCAAGCUCAACUUCAGCAUACCCACAUGUUUACGUGAGUGUGGUGUCAUUGGGGCAAGAGAUGGCCGCUCACAGUCACCCACCAGAAUAGUGAAGGGGGAGGUGUCUCCUUGGUAAGGUUCUGCAAACUCCUCCUCUUUGAUACUGGAUUCUUGGAAUGUCCUUGUUAACCUGUAAAACACACUUGUUAACUGUUUGAUAAUGAAUGGCUAAAUCUGUUCCAUAUUGUAUAUAACUAUACCAUAAAAUUAAAUAAUCAGCACAAUUACUUUGUUCAGUUACUCAAUGUAGUGUUCCACAUACACUAUCAAGUUAGUGGAAGAUGACAUCCCCUGUAUACCACCAAUCAACACUUCCCAGGAUAUAUUUUAUGCAUAUAUGACUGCUAUUAGAAGGAAUCUGACUCUUAAGAUGAAGGACCUGAACAUUACACUAUGGAACUGUGACAUGUAGGUAUCUUGUACAUUCUGUAAUCCAACAAUGGAUCACAAAUGGUUAACCUGACUGCUAUCAGUAUCAAAUGCAUCAAAUCUAAUGAACUGAUGAAACUGUCAAAUUGGACAUAUGAAGGGUGUGGGACAGCCAAGACAAAGCAUCUACAACACACACACACACACACACACACACACACACACACACACACACACACACACACACACACACACACACACACACACACACACAUAUGCGUGUUAAAGUAAAUUAUCAUACAUUGGUGGCCUCAAAUUAUUUAGGUACAGACAUAUUUAUAUGUGGUUAUUUAUUAGCUACUGACAACUUAAAUUAAUAACUAUGGCCAGAGAAUGCUACAACUUUAAUGUAAUAUACCAUUCCAUUUAUGUUGAUCAGUACUUGUCCUGUUGCAAUAUUUUUGUUUUAAUGUAAACCUUGAACAUGAAUAAAACCUUACAUAAAAA